GCCAAAUCCCAGAAGACUGCUUUCUUCAUAGUCACCGCCGUGAAAGCCUCAAAUCUUACAUUAUGAAUACUGAUUGAGGAUUUAGCGGAAAUAAAAAAGAACAAGGACUCUCUGAGGAAAUUAUAUCAAACGGCCAGAAAUGAAAACGUGGCUCGAGGAACUCUUUAAAAGGAGGAACCUCGCAGAAGAAGCCGAAAGUCCCGCUUGUGGUACGAUUACCAUUCGCCUAUGUAUCUCUGAAGAUGAAACAGGCCUACACACGGUAUUCUGUAGGGGAACCCUUUGGCAAGGCACGGAAAAACAUGGAAGGAUAGCAUUAAAAGAAAUGAUGGUGAAGGAUGUGAAUGGAAGUGACUGAGGAUCAUGCCUGGUGGUGGGUGUUGUUGUCAGGUCUGGAUUCUGAAGUUACAGGUUCCAGAGAAUGGAGUCACGAAAGUUUUGGGAAAACAGCUAUCCCAAGCGUGACAUAAGCAAGGCUGCAUAGCAGAAAGGUGUGUUCUCAGUGUGACUCAUGCACUUCCUGCUGGUUUCAGUGUCUCAUGAAUGAUGUUAGUCAACAAGACAAGACAAAUACUACUACGGGUUUUACGGAUGCUGCUCGUAUCCGGCUGCAUUCCGUAAGCACUGACGUUGGGCAUGACGCGUGACAGAGAAAAGGAAGUGUUAGUCCUAUGGUAUAAAGAGGCAGACAAUAGACAAACCUGCACAGAAUCUCAGCAAGUUCUAACUCAGUGUACAUAAUGAAGCUCUCUGUGGUUUUCUUCAUUGGUGCAGCAUGUGUCCUGCUCUUGCUACAAUGUGCAACGUCCCAGCUGUGUCCACAGUGCAUAUGUAGGAGCUCAUACAGUCCAGUAUGCGCAGUAAAUACCGUAACCGGAAAACUGAGAGGAUUUUCCAGCCAGUGCGUGCUUAACUGCACGAACAAAUGCAGAGAUAACAGGUUUGAAUAUUUGGGUCUUGGAAGAUGUGGUCGGUAUACACCCAGAACGACAAAACCACCAGCAGCAACAACAACAACGGCAUCAACAGCAGCAACAACAGCAACACGUAAAACAGUAGUUACAACGCCCCUUCCAUAUCACACAUACUACGAGCCUUAAACAUAAAAAUAGAAAAAAAUACAAACGAUGUAUUGUCUAGUCCAGAGUUUGUUUGUGAAUAAAUGAGUGAAUGAUAUUCCCUGU